AUGUGGCGCGCGCCCUUCUCCAGAUCACAGCUCCCUGCCCUAGCGAGGCGGGCGAGGGGCAAGCCUGAGCUCUCGGCGACUUCACGAUCCUCAAUACACAUCGAAAGUAAUAAGGCCACGGAAGAACCAUGCCAGAGGUUUGACGAGCUGGCACGAGAUGUGCGCAAUGCCUCUCGAACAAGGCACCAGACCACUCCAGACUCCUUCUCUAAGACAGAGCAGCCAUUAAACGCUACACGCGAGAAUCUCAACAAUCAAUCCAUACGAAAUCCUCAACUCAAGAGCGUUCGAAGAGACGCUGUGCAGACAGCACGACCAAUCAAAAAGAUAGAUCGGAAGAAUAAGCCUACAUAUACACCGGCGCGCCUCCUCGACACCGCAUGCCGUCUCUACCGUGGCGAGACGGAGCUCUCGGCCUCCGACCUCGAAGCAGCGAGCUUCCUCGCCGGCUACAGCAGCGCUCGUUUGCCCAUUCUCACAGCUCAGUGGAUGCUCCACUGCAAUUCAGACCUCGAACCCAGCGUGCGCUCUCUGCUGCCCGACGUCUCUGCGUGGUCCACAAAGUUCGAACCGUACACGGCCAAGGGGUACCAGCGAGAUGAUGUUCUCCAUUGGGUUUGGAUUCUUACGGCGAACGAUCCUGACGAGCGAGUGCGGCGCUUCCUCUCCGACACCCGACACAAACCAUCCUUCAUCCUCAAUCACCUCCUAAAUGAUGCAUAUUCCGGUCGUGCAGAGCUCCUGCGCCCUCACUCUCUCUACGGCAUCAUCAACCACUGCACUUCACUCUACGAGCAAUUUUGCCGACCAAGCCCUCAAGGAGAAAACUUGGCGCCAGACUCUCGGCCUCUGGAUAGUCCAGACGUCGUUCAGGGCAUCAUCGGCCGGUUGCUGUCCCAUGCUCGACGUACUCAAGCGCAGGCUGUCAUUCCCAUUGCGAACCUUGCUGCUACAUAUCUUGAAGCCCUUACGGGCCCAACGGAACGACGAUUGUUUGAACUUCGGUGUCGCACGUUCAACUUCAUCUUAAAGGAGCUGUCAAUCCCGCCGGCGAAGAAACCAUACGCCACUGCUCAUCACAGCUGGGAAGCCAUCCGUACAUUACUGCAAUUCUCAUCAACAUUAGAAAAGCCUCUCAUUGUUGAACGAGAAAGCUACCGCGGUAUCCGUCGAGUCCUGCUGGCACUGCAGAAAUCCCCCGGCGAACGGGACACGACAACGACACUGAAAAAGACCUGGCCGCCCUACAGACUACCGAGGAACGGCCUUGAAGAGGCCAUGGAAGCAGACGAGUACUACAGCAGGACAGUCAAGGCUGGUCUCAUGAUGCAGGACUCGGGCUACGCCAAGGAGGAAUUCGAUAUCGCCACGGAUAUCCUCGGGGGUCUAGGUCCCGAUGGGUCGCCGACGAUCCAGACGCGGGCAAACUAUCCCGUCCGCAACGGCUCGGACCAGUCCAUAUGGGCCGCUCAGAUCCGAGCCACGAGAAGCGCAGAGGAAGCAUGGCAGGCCUUCCAGCAUCCGCCGCAGCCCGGGAUGGCCCCCCAGACGGAAGUGUUCCACGAGAUGAUCCUCAAGGCGCUGGCGAAUAUUGUGGAUCCCCACCAUGAUAACCUGCCUGGCGAUGGACGAGAGACCUUUUCGCAUGAUACCCUCAACUUCAGCGAGUUUGAGAGGGCACGCCUCGCGCCACCCAAGGUUUUGCAGCUCACAAGACACAUGGAACAAUCUGGUGUUCGUCUCGACGAGAGGUGUCUCAAUGUGCUGUUGCUGCGCUCGGCGAGCCUUGACGAGGCAGUCGAGUACGUGCAGCGAAGCUCGUUGAGCAAGACGCAGCAGGCUACAGUGGACUGCGCGUUACGAGGCACCGACGUGGCUUUCAACUCGGUGGCCGAUCAAAUCAAGGAGAUCUCUCAGGGCACCUUGCUCGCCGUCAUUCGAUUGCUCUGCAGAACCCGCCCAGGCUACGGAAUGUCAAGCCGUACAAUAGAAAGGGCUAUGCAGGUCGCCAGGCUCGGCUGGACAGCUGUCGGUUGCUCCAACCCAGCGCCCUGGGAGUUUAUCCUCGAAGCCCUGGCCCGAUCUCGAGUCCUGGCCUGUGGAGGGGAUCCACAACAGAACAGCCAGCGCGCCUUGCUCCUGGCGGGCCACGUCAUGAAAGAGGCCGAGGCAUCAUGCGGCCUCACACUACACAUGUUAAGCAGCUUCGCGCGGGUAACGCAGAAAGUACUGCACACCAGACUCGACGGGCUCCUCGAAAGCCUGACAGGAGGCACGGUCCACGGCGACGACGCUGCGCUCCUAUCAUUCUUCGUAACAGGCCCACCGCAGGGCACGACGAGGCGACCGCACUUUCACCACUGGAACCGCGCCGACCCAGGCCUAGCCACGACGGCAGACCUCGCGGCCGCGGCCCUCCGCAGACUCCGCUCCGCCUGGUCCGACCUCGCCAGCGCGACGACGAAAGGCGCCGCCGCCGCCUCCUCCUCCAGCGCCAAGCUCGGCGACACGGUCGUCCUGGCCGGCGCCUCAGAGGUGAACACGCAGAUGCUCGCCCUCGCGUCCCUCGGCGACGUCGACGCCAUGGCCGCCCUCGCCGUCUGGACCGUCCGCCACGCCGACGGCAUCAUAGCCGCCACGCACGCCAAGCGCACAACCUGGCUCACAGGCGUCUUCCACACCUUCCGCGCCUUCGCCGAGCCCCUUCUCGACGAGACCGUCGUCGCGCCGCUGCGCCGCGCCGUCGUCGAGGCCGGGCAGCGGGACCGCUGGCUCUACUGGCCGAGCGACGACGAGGUCGCGACGUUUACGCAGAGCGACGUCUCUGGACGCCUGGGGCGGCUGCAGGAUUUCGUGCAGCUCGUCGCGAGGGAGCGCGAGGACGACGGCGGCGAUGGCGGCGCGCUGCUGGAGUAUCGCAGGGAGCUGCGGCCUGGGGCCGACGCGGUCGCGCAGGCGGAAGAGCGCGCGAGCCGGCGCUAUGUCUGUCGGGACGAGGUCGAGUGGCGCCAGACGGAGGGCGAAAAGUCGCGCCAUCGAGUCGUGCAGGGCAUGAGGGUGUGA